GGUAAAUUCGGCGACGGUUCAGUAUCAUUCGACUCGAACAACUGAGCAAUCAGUUAUCCUCGACCAAAUUUAUUCGCUGAACAUAAAAAGUAAUUAAAAAUGUCUGGACGUGGUAAAGGAGGAAAAGCGAAGACAAAGUCAAAGACACGUUCAAGUCGUGCUGGACUACAGUUUCCUGUUGGUAGAAUUCAUCGUCAUUUGCGUAAGGGAAAUUACGCUGAACGUGUUGGAGCUGGUGCGCCCGUUUAUUUGGCAGCUGUCAUGGAAUAUUUGGCUGCUGAAGUCUUGGAAUUGGCCGGUAAUGCUGCGAGAGACAAUAAGAAAUCGAGAAUCAUUCCAAGACAUUUGCAAUUGGCCGUCAGGAACGACGAGGAAUUGAAUAAACUUCUUUCUGGAGUUACCAUCUCUCAAGGUGGAGUUCUGCCCAAUAUUCAGGCAGUUCUUUUGCCCAAGAAGACAGAGAAGAAGGCUUAAAUAAUUCCUUUUUCCGCACGACAAACGAAAACAAAAAAAUACAAUCGGCCCUUUUCA